CUUGAGUGAGCAGCAAAAAGAUUCCUUGACCAAAGAGUUUCAAGGUCUCAACCUGACCAAGUAUGUGGGGGAGGCUGCCAUAGCCUUCAGUGAAGCCAAGAUGAAGAUGGCCGACAUCGGUUGUGCUGUCCAUCUGUGUUCUCUCUUUCUCAAUCGCUAUGGGGAUUUCUCCUCCCAGCUGCUUCAGGGACUACAGAGGGCGCUCCCAGCUCCGUGUAAAAAGGAGGACAAGGAUAGCAAACAACAGAUUAUAUUUGAUAACAAGAUCAGAGUUGAGCUGCGCUUCCUUGCUGAGCUGAUAGUGAAUGGCGUCUUCACAGAGAAGGAAGGGUUACCUCUCCUCAAUAACCAGCUAUCUGCUAUCAUGAAAGGGGACAAGGAGAACCAUAAUUACAUCUCCAUCAUCAUCAGCUUCACCAAGCACUGUGGAGAAGAUUUUGCAGGGAUCAUUCCUAGGAAACACAAGCUCGUGGCACAGAAGUAUGAACUAGAGUUGGUAUCAAGCGAGGUCUUCUCCACCCAACUCAAGACAGCCUACUGCAAUCUCUUGAAGGACCACUAUUCAUCCCUCUCCAAGUACCUUGAAAGACAGCAUAAAGAGCUGCAGAAUAUGGAGAGACAGAACAGAAGAACACUACAGAAUAAAGGUGAGCUAAGUGAAGAGAGAAGAAAGAGACAUGAGGAGAAGCAGUCAAGUUAUCAGAAGCUUCUCAUGAAUACAUCAACAUUUGCAGACUUGUUGGAUGAAGAUAUGCCUGAUCUGCCUGUGGAAGAGCUGACCCAGACUGAGCUUGAUUUGAUGGCUAUUGACAUGAUGGGCACGGAUGGGCAGCUGACUGAGUUUGAUUGGGCUAACUCACUCUGGGAAGAUGAUGAUACUAGGACCUUUCAUGAAAACCUCAUCAAUCUGAGAUCCAUGGUUCCUGCUAUUCUGUUCAAAGAUACAGAUAACACAUCUAACCAGAGACCUGGAGAUAAGGAAGAAGACAAGCUAGAUAAGUUAGAGGAUGAUAUCAAAGCUCUGGAGAUAGAAGCAGAUGAAGAAGAAGAAGCAGCCAUUGAAGAAGGAGAAGAGACUGCAGAAGGUGUAGAAGGUGAAGAGGAAACGGUAGAAGAGGACACAGAAGGAAAGGCAGGGGAAGAGAUGGUACUGGAUGAAAUAGAAACAGCCGAAGGGGAUGACGAUGCUGAAGAGGGAGAGCAAAUCAGCAAUGCCACUCUGAAGAUGUUGAUGGAUGCUUACAUCAAUAGUCUACCACAUUGUGUGAAUAGGGAUCAUAUCGAUAAGGCUGCUGUUGAUUUCUGCCUGAAUCUGAACACCAAGUCUAAUAGGAAAAAACUCUCUAAAGCUCUCUUCAACGUACCAAGAGUUAGGUUGGACCUUCUUCCUUUCUACUCACGACUGGUAGCCACUUUGUAUGUAUGCAUGCCUGAUAUAGCAACAGACCUGGCAGAAAGACUCAAAGGAGAAUUCAGAUGGCAUGUAAGGAAGAAAGAUCAAAUGAUGGUGGAAUCCAAGAUCAAAGUGUCAAGGUUCAUUGGUGAGCUUACCAAGUUCAAGAUGUGUUCAAAGGCUGACACGCUACAGUGCCUUAAGAACCUGAUACAAGAUUUCCGUCAUCACAACAUUGACAUGGCUUGUGCCUUGCUGGAGAGCUGUGGAAGGUUCCUCUAUCGCUCCCCAGACUCUCACCUCAAGACAAAUGCUCUCCUGGAACUGAUGAUGCGAAAGAAGAGCAAGAUGCACUUGAAUGAGAGACACAGCACGAUGAUAGAGAAUGCUUUCUUCUACUGCAACCCACCAGAAGUCAUCAAGCUUGAGAGGAAAGUACGGCCUCCGAUGCACGAGUAUAUACGCAAGCUCCUCUACAAGGAUCUCUCUAAGGUAUCGGUGGAAAAGGUCUUGAAGCAGAUGAGAAAGCUACCCUGGGACAACGUACAGAUCAAGCAGUAUGCAGUGAAGUGUUUAAGCAGUGUAUGGAAUGUCAAAUACAACAACCUCCAUUGCUUGGCAAACCUAUUAGCAGGACUUGUUCUCUAUCAUGACGAUGCUGGCAUACAGGUGGUAGACGCCAUCUUGGAAGAUCUCCGCAUUGGAAUGGAGAUCAAUUACCCUAAGUACAACCAACGUCGAGUGAGUAUACUAAAGUUCUUGGGAGAGCUGUACAACUAUCGUAUGGUGGAGUCGAGCGUGAUCUUCAAGACUCUGUAUUCCCUCCUUAGGUUUGGAGUUGUUCUGGAAGAUACUGGUAGUCCCUUGGAUCCCCCUGAGCAUCUAUUUAGGAUCCGUCUAGUCUGCACCAUGCUAGAUACCUGUGGUCAGUUCUUUGACCGUGGCUCAAGCAAGAAGAAGUUGGACUGCUUCCUUGUUUACUUCCAGCAAUAUAUCUUGUACAAGCGCAGCCUGGCCUACUGGAGUGCUGAUAACCACCCGUUCCCUAUGGACGUUGAUAAUGCCAUCUCUGAUAGCAUUGAGGUUCUGCGACCCAAGAUCAAGCUCUUCAGCUCCCUGGAGGAGGCCACCAAGGAGGUGGAACAGCUGGAGAAGGACCAGAUGCAGAAGUUCUCAUCUGUCUUGCCAGAGGUUCACCUGACCAUUGUCCAGCCACCUGGGGGAGGUCAAGGGUUGAUGCCUAUCAUAGAAAGCAAUGAGGAUCAAUCUAGCUUAUCUCAAGGCAUGGAGUCUAUGUCACUGAAUGAUGACGACGAUGAAACCUCGGACGGUGAGGACGAUGGGCGCGGUCGUAGAGCAGGAGUGAACAGCGCCUCCAACAGUCAGAGUCAGAAUACAGGAGAAGAGCAAGAAGAGAUGUAUGGUGACUAUGAAGAGAGUUUAACAAUGGAUUCAGUCGGAGAGAAUGAGGAUGACGACAAUGUUACUGUGAUCACAGGAGGCCCUAAGCUAUUGGAGUGUGAUGAAGAUGAAGACUUCACUGCUGCUUUUGAUAAGAUGCUGUCCGAAAACAUUCAGCAAAGGAAUGCCGAGUCCAUGAAAGUAACUCAGCUGGACAUCGGGGUACCGCUCCACAUCAAGGCUCGGACAGCCAUCAAACCGGUGAACUUUAACCCCUUCCUCCAGCCUGUUGCAGCCGAGGAGCCAGAGGAUCCAGGCACCGUGAACUUUGUGCUGAUGACCCGGAAGGGAAACAAGCAGCAGUUCAAGGAGUUUGAGGUCCCGGUCAACUCAGAGCUAGCUGCUAACCUCAAGAACAGAGAGGAGGCAGAGAAAGCAGAGAAACAGAGAAUGAAGGAACUGACUCUCAACAUCAACGAGAGGCAGGAAGAGGAGGACUAUGAAGAAAUGUUAGCCAGUAUGCAGAGACCAGCCAUCAGUGUGCCUCCAAAUAGCAAGAAUCGUUUCCAUCAUCCCAAGGGGGCGCCAAACACCGAGCAAAUAUUCAAUGCGAAGGGAAAUAGAAAGUGGUAGAGGAAAACGUGAGAAACAGUGGAACCCGGAGAAGACAAGAUGAAGAUCCUGGAUGAGCGAUGGAGCCGCAUCGCCAUGGAUACAUCAGAUGAAGAGAAGGGGUUGAAGACGACAGUCCUUACUAGGGUAUCGCAAUCUCCUUCUGCAUUAGUCCAUCACACAGUAGAGCUAACAAUGAAAUCUCAUAGCUUACUGUCCAGUAAUUGGACCAUGUAUUGGAUUUUUUCCUGCACAAGACCCUAGCCAUCGUUCACUUGUUCUAAGAAUAAGAGUUAUACUUUGGCAAGUUGUUGGGAAAAAGGUUUCUUUUUUCCCAUGCAUAGUGAUGUUUGUUAAGGAUUUUUCAGUGAAAAGUGAAAACUAUCCAUAUCAGUCAGCUGCAUUGUAGGAAUUCAUGUGUAAUGCUGAGAGCCGUAGCUGGUGACAGUUAUGAAAUCAAAAGAAUGGAUUUAUUCAAUAUUGCGAUUUCAAGAUAGAAAAUGUGCAACAAUGAAAGAGGAACUGACAGUCAAAGCCCUGUCUUAUAUAAAAACAGGUGCGAUUGAUUAAAAAAUAAUUUGCAAUUGAUAUCAAUCACAUCUCAUAUCUCGUCAGUACAGAGUUGCAAUUAAUUGCAAAUAUUUUUAUGAGACAGGGCCAAGUAUUCAUUCUCAAAAAUGUUUGUGCUAACGAGAACAGAACAUCCAUACAUGUAUUUCUUGUUUUCAUUCUUCAACCCAUCGUGCAAAUCUGUGCUUUUUGUGACAGAUUAUCAAAAUCAGAGGCCCAUAAACUUAAAGGUACUAUGUCCCAUUUGCAGGCCAAAAAAAUGAAAAAGUUAAAUUCCAACUGCAUUUGAAAGAUAAUACUAAUUUAGAACUUACC